AUUGCAGUAUUAUUGGAAGAGGCCGACCCGUCUGACUCUUUGAAGCUAUUCUCUUUCUCCUCUGGCGGCAAAAGUUGACAAUUUACGUCUUCGCAGCACAGUUAGUUGCAGAGCUAAAAAAGAAAUCUCAUUACUCUGUAGGUUGAUUUCUUUUGUUGCAAAGUAUAAGAGAUGCCAAAAGAGCUUCCUGGAUUUUAUUAUGAUGCGGAGAAGAACAGAUAUUUCCCUAUUAAGGGUCCCAUUCCUGGCUCUUCUAAGAAACGAAAAUCGCCUCCACCUACUAUCUCCACCAAGAGAGACAAAGGGAAAUGCAUGGAAUCAAGGAGCAAUAAAUUACUCCACGUUAGAGAGUUGUGCGGUAAAGUCAUUGCAUCCAGAAAAGGGAAAAUAAAUUUCCAAAUGGAAUACCUGAAGAAGAAAGCAUCAUAUCCUCUGAUUAAGAAGAACUCCAAGGAGUUUAUGUUAAAGAUUACAACACAAAUAUACUACUUGAUUGUUUGGUUGGCAACAUGGAAGAGACUAGCUACAAUGCAGAGACUUCAGGGAUUUUGGAUAAAUCUACCUUGAUUGUGUAUUCUGUGGCAUAGGCGGGUCAUUUCCAUUGUGACAAAGUCUGUCGAGAAAUUGAAGUUCAUGUUUAUAGAGACAGAGAAGGCGCAAAAUGAUUUGGAAGUAUGAUGGGACUCAAAAAGUUGUUGACAGUGCUUUGGAGCACUUGACUAUUGAUCUAAACAUGCCAGAGGGCCUGUUGGAAACUGAUAUUCUGUUGACUGGUGGCAUGAAUGGCUCAUUGUGUCUAUUUGAAGUUGGAGAGGUUGGACAAGAAUUUAAUCAAGGGGUAAAAUGCUUGCCAGAUCGUGUUUGGCCUCUCAAAGAUGGAUAUGCAGAAGGCUCUUAUGACUCACCAGGACAUGUCUGGAGACCUCCAGGAGCUUUUGUACAUAUGUCAUCGAAUAUAUCUUGUAUAAAGAUGUACCAAAAGCACCCUGCACCGAUUAGUGAUGCUUCUUUAAAGCAUGUUCUGAUAACUACUCUGGGAGCUGAAUCAUCUGGUGGAGCAGUCAACAUUCUGAACCUCAGUGAACCACUAGAUCUUAAUUCAAGUAGACCACCUCUUAGAAGAAGAAUUUCCGAGAUUGCUUUAUUUGAAUAUACAGUUUGGACAGCAGAUUGCAGCCGUGAUCAGAAACAAGCAGUAGUAGGCACCAAUAGAGGAGCUGCAAUGGUGGACAUAGAAACAGGAGUGAAAUCCUGGAUUUGUCGGUCUAAAAGCGACAUUUUCUCCAUACAAUUUGAUAAUUUGGAAAAUAUUGUUUUAUGUGGACUAAGAAAUGGAACAAUUUUGCCCAUCGACAUCCGUCAAAAACCAGGAGAUUUUUCUGGUAGGCUUGCUCAGAAUAGAAUUCCGUGCCAUUCUAAUGGGUCUUCUAGUAGGUUUAAAAAUUCUGCUAGAGAUUCAUUCCAGAUCAAAGGGAAGAUGUACCACUGCAACAAAAUAUCUAUGCCGUCAUCUGUAUGUUGUUUGACAUCUUUGAGGCUUUAUGAUCAAUGUUUCCUGGCUAGUUCUAUGGAUGGAUCGAUAAAGCUUUAUGAUCAUCGUCUAAUGAGGGGUGCAAUUCAAUCAUAUGAGGGAAAUAUAAAUUCUCAUAGUCGGAUACAGCUCGGAGUUGACCCAUCAGAGACAAUUGUCAUGUCAGGUGGAGAGGACCAUCAUUUGCGGAUAUGGAGUAUCAAAUCUGGUGAAUUGCUAUUUGAUAAUAAGUUCAUGGAUACAAUCCCCUCGGUUGUACGCUGGCUAAAACCUGAAGGUCUACUAGGAGUUGGAAAGCAGAUCCAAGGUGCAUGGCUUGGAUCUGAAGAAGGGUUGUUUUUCAUGGACUGGCCUUGAGGAAUGUGUUCUUGGUGGUCUCUUACUUGGAAUAUCCAGAACUUAGCACAUGUCUGUCGGCUGGUUUUGAAGGAUACACUACGUACACCAGUUUAUGAACGGAACUGACAAACAUUAAUUCUAGCUUGGCAGCAUUAAUAAAGUCAACUUUAUCUCAAGUUACGAGCUGAGACUGAAAUCAUAGCUUCACCUUUAGGGGUGAGACUGAAAUCAUAGCUUCGCCUUUAGGGGUUUCUUCCUUCUCAUAUUAUGUAUAACUUACAGAAAGGAGUCUCGAACUGAAUAAGUCCAGGAUAGGUUGUAACUUAGUCAGACUUUUACCAGAUUUAUUUAUUAGAUCGAUUUUAUUUUAGUUUCUUUGGCUAAUCAUGUAUGUCCUGGAAAUCUUAUGUUCUGAAAGCAGCUGUUUAUAAUGUUGGCUUAUCAAGCUAGUUUACUGUUCA